CUUUUCAGCUCAACUUUUUGAUUUCACAUCGGAUUUAUAAAGUUCUCAUACAAACAACAUACAAUAUGGUCGAUACAAACUUUCAAGUCCCAACUUCUUUUGAUCCAUUCGCUGAGUCCAAUGACUCAGACUCCCCUGGUACCAAGGGCUCGCGUGCCCUUGGUGCCAAGUACAGAGGCUCCCAUUCUGGUCUCCUUGGAUUCAAUGAUGUUCAAAUCCCAAUGACAUUUGAUCCAUUCACGGAGGCCAAGAACGUGGGUGCCUUUGGAACAAAGGAGUAUGUGCACAUUCGUAUACAACAGAGGAAUAAUAGGAAAAGCUUAACGACGAUUCAAGGGCUGAAGAAAGAAUUCAGUUACGAAAAAUUACUUAAAGACCUCAAGAAAGAGUUUUGCUGCAAUGGCAACGUCGUGCAGGACAAGGAACUUGGGAAGGUGAUACAAUUACAAGGUGAUCAACGCAAGAAUGUUUCACAGUUUCUUGUGAAUGCUGAUAUUGUCAAGAAGGAACAGAUCAAGAUUCAUGGUUUCUAAGUUUUAGAAGCAUAAUAUAGUAGUUGUGUGUAAUUUUUGAGAGAUUGGUUAGUUUUUUUAUGUGUUGGUUGUGUUUUUUACUUUGAAAUCUUAGGAUGGCUCUUUCUUUUCCAGUAAUAUAUUUGGAUUUCUUAGAGAUUUUGUGAUUUCUUAUCCACACAAGCCUUAGUAGAAUAACAUCAGUUUCUUUGUACUUAUGCCAUUCACAAAGCGGGUUGAGGGUUUGAAA